AUGGACGGCAUUUUAUUUAUGCAAGAACGAUGCCAUUAUUUAGUAAUAAUUUAUAGGAAAGAGACACGUACACAUAACACAUUCAUUAUCCGGCAGAUGCAGAGACAUGCAUACAUGGUGGCUGUCCGCGUCAUUCGUCAUAUUUUAUUCAAGUUCUGGGAGCGAGGAGCGAAGAAAGCUGGGCAUGCAGCAGCAGCAGCAGCAGCAGCAGCGAGCUUAUCAGCCGACAUGGGGCGUCUGGGCGACGGUAUCGACGAAGAUGCGGACGCGGUUGGGGCGGUAUUCCAAGGUCACAGGCGAGCUGGUGGGCAGCACGACGAUGUCGGCAUCGGGCUUGUCCUUGAGGAUCACCUUCUGGCUUCCUCCACGCUGAGCCCGACCACCUCUGGCCACGACGUCUUGGGGCCGCCGCACUCCGGUGCCGCUGUCGCCGUGGAGCUCAUCGGUUGUCGGUCGCGAAUUGAAACUGCAAAUCAACUGAUGACGAUAAUUUAA